GUUUAGGGCUCAGUUUCAUACGGCCUCUUCUAAAUUCCACAUCGGCUCCGUUGAGCUGUGUAUGUUUUCGGUCUUUCGUUUUUAGUUCGGAAAAUUCAAAAAACAUUUAAAAACCCGAAAGGUAUUCUUUCUUUGGUUUCGGAAUUCCUCUGUUUACUUUUCAGGCCAACAUCCCCAGAUAUGUCUACGAUGUGGCGCAGCGCAGUGACCAAGACCCGAUGCCAUUUGGUGCCCCGGUUCUCGGGCGCCAUCUCUGGCCGGUUGUAUGCCACGGACCACAACCCGCCGCCCAAGUGCACUGACUCUGCAGGCGGCAAGUCGUGUGGCAAAUUCAACGGCUGCGGCGAUCCCCGCUAUGAGAAAAAAGGCCCGACUACCCAAUCAGACUCGUUCGCGUUCCAUCAUUUGAUCAAGAUGCCCCCAGAGUGCUGCGACGACCCCUGCCGGGACAGGAGUCCCAAGUUCGACGACUGCUUCUAUGAGAUCUCCGACAAGGCCAAGCGUGUGUACCAGGUCACCUGGGUAGAGUGUCCGCCCAUCCAGAUCAAGCCCAAGAAGAUCUGCUGCCACAUAAAGGCCAAGCACCCGCCCAUUCAGCGUCGCAAGCGCAAGGAUUUCGUGGCCGCCGGGGUAUGUCCCAAGGACGAGUGCUCCAUUGCCACCGAUGGACCCUGCCCCAAGAUCACAAUGCCCGGAUGCAAGGCCGUCGACAACACAUCCUGCUUCAUUGUCCGCCGCAAGACAGACUGCGUCAAGGUGAAAGCCCCGUAUCCGGCCUUCUCAGAGUGCUCUCGCGAUGCCAUCCGGCCGCCCAGGCGCAUCGAGUGCAACUGCCUGGACGUUCCCAGUCAAUGUGAUCUUUUCGCCGAGUUAAAGCGGCUCGCGAGUAAUCCCGGCAAGAAGCAAUGUGGCGGCAGCAGGGGCUAGAAUCGCUUAAUCGUUCUGAAAUUUAUUUAUAUAGACGUCAUUACUGUUAACUAGGACAUUCCGAAACCAAUUCAGUUACCAUCUUCCUUUCAUGGGUGAAGUUCCAACUUUAAAUAGACCGAAACACAUACAAAAA